AAGUGCAAAUUCACUUCGAUUUCUCCGUCUCACACUCCGACUUCUGAAACUAGUUCCCGAGAUCAUUGUUAUUAAUCCCACGUCUUCCAGAUGGAGGUCUCCAUGAUGCGAUACACGCAGGUGGCUCUCUGCAUCAUCGUGUUAGCGAUGUCAGGUGUGAGUUUGGUGGAAUCUGGGAGAAAUAAUGAGGCUAGGAUCCCUUUAUUCAAGUGCGAGUUAACCCUGGGCAUCACCAACCAGAAGUACACCGAUUCCCUUCUCAACACUGGUUCUGUUGAUUAUCUGAUCUUGUCCUUGGAAGUCAAAGGCGCUCUCUACUCCAUUUAUGGUUGUGACUCUUGUAAAACACACAAGUUUUAUCGAGGAGUAUCAGCAAUGACCUUCAGUAAUCAAACUGGAACUGUGCUCGUUAAGGCUACACUCGUGUUCCAGUCAAAUGAAACCAAUGCUCAUUUGGUCGAAAGUCUGUUAAUGAAAGCGAUCAAUGGCAGUAAUGAAAUAAACAACCUUAAAUUUAAACCUGAAUUCUCAGAAGCCAUAUCAGGAUCAACUCCUACCACCAAUACAACCACCAGUCGUCCCACCAAUACAACCACCACCCGUCCCACCAAUACACCCACCACCCGUCCCACCAAUACAACCACCACCCGUCCCAACAAUACAACCACCAGUCGUCCCACCAAUACAACCACCACCCGUCCCACCAAUACAACCACCACCCGUCCCACCAAUACAACCACCAGUCGUCCCACCAAUACAACCACCACCCGUCCCACCAAUACAACCACCACCCGUCCCACCAAUACAACCACCACCCGUCCCACCAAUACAACCACCACCCGUCCCACCAAUACAACCACCACCCGUCCCACUAAUACAACCACCACUCGUCCCACCAAUACAACCACCACCCGUCCCACCAAUACAACCACCACCCGUCCCACCAACACAACCACCACCCGUCCCACCAAUACAACCCCCACUCACCCUACAACUCAUUUUACUACUAAGUGCACAGGACCCCACAAUGCUGCCUCUUCUUUCUUUUAUCAAUAUCCUAUAACUCUGACUUCAUUUCUCCACAUUUGUGCUUCAUUUUUCCUCUUUUUCAUCACCAGCUGUUUGUUUUAAAGCCUGUGUCAUAAUAACCAGGUGUAGUUUGUCACUUCAAUAAUAUAAUACCCCUAAUAUUAUAAAAUAUUUACACACAACAGAUAUUCUACUCACCCCACCUCUCAUCCCACAAGUACAACCACCAUAUUUCCUACAACUACCUACAACCAUAUACAACUACAUACAACCACUCCAAUUAUCACUCCAACUACCAUACUUCCACAUCCACAACCAUCUCAUUGCAGCAUUACAACCAUGCGUCCCCCCACUCAUCCCACCUCUCAUCCCAUUACUAUAACCAUUCAUCCAAACACUACAGCCAAAUCUCUUCCCACCAGUACAACUGCCACUCAUCCUACCUACUACUACAGCCCUCAGGAAACAACAAUACUACUUCUUCUUCCUUGAUAAUUAAUUAAAUGUUGUUUAAACAUGAUUAUUUGAGAAAUACACUGUGUUUUUCUUCAAUAUGUUUCUUGUUACUUUCUUUGGAAAGAAUAGAAGAUUCAGUAAAUGCUGUUUUAUGUUAA